UGUUCAGGGUUUUCUCUGUGCCUCCUUUGAAGAAAAUCCAGACGAAAUCCUCAUUUUCAGUUUUGGGCAUUGAUUGCAGUUUGAAAUGGAAGGAGUAAGCGUAGCAGAUGCUAAUUUGGUGGUCUACUUACACCCUCACAAGUGUAGGAAUGUUUCCCAGGCGAUCCUCCGUGACCUUGGCUCUUGGCUCUUCAAGUUCAAUGAAAUAUUUGAUGGUGUUUUAUUGGCUUAUGAUGUUCAUAUUCCUGAUAAGAAGGCAAAAAUUCUUUCCGGUGUUCAUCCAUACUUUGAUCUUAAACUUAAAGCAAAUCUCCUACUAUUUUCACCAAAGCCAGAUAUGAUCAUAGAGGGGAAGGUAGUGAAGCUUUGUCAAGAAUCUAUUCAUGCCAUUGUUCUUGGUUUUUCAUCUGCUAUCAUAACAGCCGAAAACAUGGGUGGAGAAUUUAAAAUAGAAAUAAAGACGAGGAUGAACUAUUUGUCAAAUCUCACAAGUGGCAUGUCAUAAAGGUUGGAACCAUGAUCCGUUUUUAUUCAAGAGUUUCGACGAGGAAAUACUUGAAUCACUGGAUCUCUGAUGCCAGCUCACACGGAAGCAUAUGUUGGUGGAUAGAAAUUUGGAGGAGAUUUCUGAUAGACUUUAAAUAACUCGAGCGUUCUUUUAUAGCAACCUUUCUGCAAUCAACUUGCAAAGGUUUUAAUGUAAAUGUUGUAGAAUUCUGUAGGAGUGCUAUGAAGAGUAGAGAUAGAGAAUCGUUGGCGGACAAACUGUUGAUGAGGGAGCAACAACUCCCUUGAGCUACAAUAAUCAGAUUAAAAGGUCAAAAAACAAAGAAUCGCAGAAUGAUAAUGACGUUGCUGCCAAUGUCUAAUUGUAUAAGGAGAUAUAUUGCUCUCAGGUAACACAUUAACCCAUUCAUGUGCUCACUAUGAGUAUUUGCUAAUAAUCUUUUAUCACUGCUGAAUAUUCUUCUGCCUAGUAAUUUUUACAUUCAUCUAUUUUAAAAGUUGUGUCCACCCUGAAAUAUACAUGUGUGUCCAUCUUCAAAAACAUUUCUGAAUCUGUCACUGACGAAAGUGCCCGUAAUUGACAUGUUUUCCAAUGCAGUAGUUAAGUCCAUGUAUUUUUGAAACUUUGGUUUGACUAAAAAGUUCACAAUUUUUGUGCUACGGUGACGGGGAAUGUUGUGGCUGAAGGUCCCAUGUAGAUGAAAGUGCAUUGCUUCUGGAUGAUUACUUUGGUAAGAAGUGCUUUUCUGCUGAAGCUUGUUGGCAUCUGAAAUCUUCCUGGUUUGUCUUGCAUGUUCUCCAAAAUUGAAAA